AUGGAAAAUCCAGAAAGCGAAGCGAGUUCAAAAAAUCAUAAAGUCACCAAAACAAUAGUUUCGACUCCGAAUUCUUACAAACCCGUUGGACCUUACAGCCAGGCGAUUCUAGCCGAAAAAACGCUCUACGUAUCUGGGGUUCUAGGCAUGGAUGCCCAGUCCCAGUUGGUCCCCGGUGGCGCGGAAGGCCAAGCAAGACAGGCUCUUAACAAUCUCAAACAAAUUCUCGGAGCGGGCGGCGCCACCAUAGACUCUGUAGUAAAAACUACCAUUCUACUAGCCAAAAUGGAAGACUUUCAAGCUGUGAAUCAAGUUUAUUCAGAGUUUUUUACAAAAGAUUGUCCUGCCCGCGCUACCUUUCAGGUGGGUAAGCUGCCUUUAGAAGCAGCCGUGGAAAUCGAAGCCAUUGCAUUGAGUGGUGAUCUGACCAUCGCUGAAGUAGGACCCUGCCCUUGUGAGCCUUCUAAAGUAAAUUAA